AUGAAACUCCCUCCAAAGAUCAAGAUCUUUGCUUGGAGAGCCUGUGCUAAUAGCCUCCCUGUGUAUGUGAAAAUGGCGGAAAGAGGAAUUCAAUUGUGCUGCGACUGCCCUGUAUGUGGAGAAGAUUUUGAAAGCCUAACUCAUGCAUUAAUCCAAUGUGAUUUUGCUCUGUCAGUUUGGGCUUUUUGGAAUGACUGCCCCUUACUUCUUCUUUUGAAUGCCUUGGACUUCACUGAUAUAGUUCUUCAUUUCUGUUCAAGCCCCAAUAGUGAGCACUUAGAUUAUUUUUUUGCUACUGCCUGGGCAAUUUGGCACAACCGGAACCAACUAGUGCAUAAUGAGAAGGGCCUCUCUCCGCUGCAAAUCUGGGAUUUAGCGAGAAGUAUUAUUCAGGAUAUCCAUGAAGCCAACAAUAAGCUCAGUUAUGCAAAAUAUGAAUCGAAUGUGGGCUGGUUGGCCCCUUCGCCUGGAUAUUUCAAAGUUAAUGUGGAUGGUGCGUCGCCAUUGGAUGGAAAUGGCACCUCUAGUGUGGGUGCAAUUGUUCGCAAUAGUGAUGGAAAGGUUGUUGCAGCUCUUUGCAAGGCUCUGCCAUCUAUUUAUCCAGCCGAGUGGACUGAGCUUUUUGCUUUAGAACAAGGCAUCUCUCUAGCUCAGCAAAUGGCGAUCUCGAAAGUCAUUUUUGAAUCCGAUGCUGCUUUUGCAAUUCAGGCCAUUUCUCAGGGCUCUUGUGGUGGAGAGAUUGGUCACUUAAUCCAAGGUAUCCUGGAAGCAAAGUCCUCUUUCACGGAUUGCUCCUUCAGACACGUAAACAGGGCAUUCAAUGGUGCUGCUCACGAGCUGGCCCAAUAUGCAAAAUGGAAUAACGCUAGUCAUGUAUGGAAGGAUGUUUUUCCCCUGUUUUUGAAUUCCUUGUUCCAUUCUGUAUUGAACUAA